AUGUUCAUCUUGACCUACUUCAAGGACUCGAUAAGUUUCACUGAGGAUGAGCAGGCCAAGUCGUUUGUGGCGCGAGCACACGAGUGCUUUCACUCCUUCAACGAGCGCAUAAAACCUCAGGUUCAACGAAUCACUCAAGGACCGGAAACCAAGCGCGAGCUGGCCUUGAAGGUAUACGAUCGCUUACUUUUGGCGUGCCUGGUUGUGCUCAAGAUUUGCCGCUUUCGACCAUUGCCAAUGGCCGAAUUGUUUCGAAUCGAGGAUUGUUUAAAAAUCAUGGCCAACACAUUGCUAUCCGUCCUCUCCGGCCUUGGGGUGACCCAGGUCAGGAAGUCGUACGAUGACCUCAGCAUGCCACGCUGUAGAGAGCGUGGGCUGAGAGACGACAGUCCCGUGAUUCAUUCCUGGGUUGUCGUCAUGAAAACCUUGGAGAUUGCUCGAAUUCCCCGAGCCUCGUUUUGGGAGCUGGCGCAGGCGACCAUAACACCGCCGCAAGUUUUAUCGAGCGUUGACGCGCGCGAUUUCGAACACUCCUGGGAAGACCUGUUUUCUCUCCUCCCAUUGACUGAGUUCAACAACUUGGGAGUCAUCAUCCCCGGCCAACGAUUCGAUCCAGCAAGUGACGGCUGGAUAAUCCCACAGAAGCUAUUGAAGCGUGUGUUCUACCUUUAUCAGCAAAACGCCCGACAAUCCCCGAGCUUCAACAACUACUGCCGAGCCUUGGUUGGCCGAUGCCAUUAUCUCGUUCAGCAAUGGGGAUGGCGAAGAUCCGCGACCGUGAUUGGGGUUGUUUUCGAUUUCUUCGGCUCCCAAAACUUCGCUCAUCUUCGCAACGAGGAGGUCUACAAAUCUCCGCGCUUUCUAGAGGAGCUUGUCCGGCGUCCGACGCUAGACAUUGAGCCGGACGAUAUGUGUUUCCACGUCUUCCUGAAGCUCGUCGCCCUCAGCAUUCAAAAGCUCAAAGGAAUUGGGGCGGUCAAGGAUGUGCGCAACCUGGUUGCCAGAACGAUCCCGAACCACAACCGACAGCACCUCAAGGAGCAAAACGUCCUCUCCCGCGACCUAGCUGCCUUGAGAAAUCACCACGAUCUCCUUGGCACCUUGUUUUGGGCGUCUCCGCCAGAAAUUCGGCCGCCAGCAAACCUCAUUGAGCGGCUCGUCGCCCCGGCAAGCUCCCACAAGGAAGCGUGUCUAAUCAACGUUCGCUGUUGGAACCAGCUCGCACGCUUUGUUGUCGCAUCCGGAGAAGCAGUACAGUCUUUGAAGCCUUUCAUUCAGUGGCGUAACAUGUUCUUUCAGCAGGUGCUGCGACAGUUCGACUCGGUGGCGUCCGUCGUCCAGCAGCAGGCCCUAUCGCUGGCGCAAGAUGUCACCAAAUCAAUCAGCGACGAGGUAAUUCAAGCUACCAUCUCGAUGAACAAAGCGGCUGUCAUGGACGUAUUGUAUGCGUGUGCUGCUGCGUCGCUAGACGUCAUGAGGCACACUCCUGAUUUGGAAGCGGCAACGUUUGCCCUCAACACACUGCAACUGCAGAGUAUUUUUAAGCACUUUGCCGUUGCUCCUCCCGCACUAGACUGGGGGGUGCUGCAGGCGGCUCUCGGAACCCUAGAUAUAUUUCUCAGCAGAAUCGACGGGUUCAAAGAGGCGGAAGAGAACGAUGCGCUCCUUCUUGUGGAUCAAGACAUUUCGCGGAGCUUCUUUUCCAUGGCAAGAUGUGUGCUGUCCUGUCGAAGGAGCAGAGCUGUCUCGGCGAUGGCGAACUUGGACAAGGCCAACUGCCUGGAACACAUUGUGACGUUGUCUGCCAGGAUGGGCGCCAGGUUCAUGAGCGCUGGUGUUAUGCGCUUGUCGGACAUGUUCCAAGCUGGCAAGUACGGCUUGUUUGACGGACCCCCCUAUAAGUUGGGACUUGAUCAGCGUCGAAGUCUGGUUCUCUUCAUAUCGACUCUUCUCGGGUGCGGGUGGGACGACUUUUCCGACGGCGACUUUAGUCUAUCCGAGGUCUGGGCCCUGUCGCUCGUAAAGCCGAGGGAAUACCUAGGAUACGAGAUGCAGCUUGCGCAGGAACUCCAUCGUCAAGACAAAGGCUUGGUGCCCCAAACCGUCGAGGGAUUGACGGUCCAAGCAGAUUACGGUACGAGCCGGGACCUGUUUGAGUAUGUCAUCUCGAACAUGCGUCGAUCGAUUCGAGAUGCCGGCCCGUCGCUGCAAAAAGUCCUGAUGGCGGAAUCCUCAAGAACGCUGAAGCUGCUCAUGGAACAAAUCAAGGGUGACUUGGCGACCAUGUCUCGCGAGGCUUCAGGCCACGGUAGCUACGUCACGUUUGUGCAGAGCAUCGUUUCGCUCAUCAAGACGCAUGGAUCAGAUAUUUGCGCCGUCGACAAUUUUUUCUUGCAGAUCAGCAAGGAAUACUCUCCCUCGGUCCAAGAUCCUAACCUUCAGGUGGCAGGGUUGAUUUCAUACGGGCUGCGGCUUAGAGAGGGCGACGGCAGGAGCAGUCAGCAGCUCUUCUUCCUCCUCUUCAACAACAUCAAGUUUGCGAUAAUCAACGACAAGCUGAGGGAAGAGGUCGUCAUGCUGCGAAGGGGGAUGAAGAAUCCGGGCAUCGUCGACUUUGUUCUCGGAAAGAUGCUUCCAGCCAUUGUCAGGGCUUGCUUCCAAAGCAGCGCUGCCUUUCCGCUGCUGGAUAUCUAUGCAGAGGCGUUGCGGCUGGUAUUUGCGAAGAAGGCGGCUGUUCAUGAGCUCGGCGAGAACGACUUGCCCCUUGUCGACGUGCUGACACGUGCCGCUGUCGAGGGCUUGUUCAACGUGUCACGAAGCAGCACUGCAUUGGGUGGUCCGCAGUUGCAUGCGGUGCGGCAGACCAUGGCCACUCUGAAUAUGCUUUGGCCAUCCAUCUACGCCGUUUCUGCGUCAGGUAUCCAGUCUCCAGUGUGGAAGGCCCUCUCCAGGACUCUCGGGCGCCUGUGGGAGUUUGUGUCGACCGCGGAGACUUAUCUGGAGCACCUGCUGCGGACUGAGGACAGGACAGUGGAGCCAGCUCGACUCUGUGCAGGGCUCGGGGAAGCGCCCUUUGAAGAAAUUCGAUUUGACGCCGAGGUACGAAACUUCACGGAGAACAUUGUGCAGGACAUUGAGAAGAGUUGGAUCGUGACGGCGCAGACCAUCUCGAUCCAGACGCCGGGGAUUAACAGGCGAGGAGCUGUGUCGGUGCAAGGCACGGAGAUUCCGCCGUGGGAUACAAAGGACAUGCUCAAGGACAUUGACGGGCGAAUACGGGAAUGGCGUUGGUGGUGGCAGAGGGUGUACGGAGUUGAUUGUCUGGUAGAGCAGUUGGAGAGCGUUGUGUUUUGA